CCCCGGCCGACGGCUGCGGCUGACCUGGAUCCUCCGAGCGCCAGCCGGCCGCCAGCGAUCCGCCCUCGUCUUCCAGGCUGGUUUCUGGAGCGCGAGGAGCACCCUCCUGGCCGCCCCUUUCGCCGGACCCCCGCCCUCCGAUGGCUCGGACGGGGCUUGCGGGCGCCGCUGGACGCUGGUGGGGACUCGCUCUCGGUUUGGCUGCCUUCUUCUUCCCAGGCACUCACACACAGGUGGUGCAGGUGAACGACUCCAUGUAUGGCUUCAUAGGCACGGAUGUGGUACUGCACUGUAGCUUUGCCAACCCACUGCCCAGUGUGAAGAUUACCCAGGUCACAUGGCAGAAGUCCACCAAUGGCUCCAAGCAGAAUAUGGCCAUCUAUAACCCAACUAUGGGCGUUUCCGUGCUGCCCCCUUACGAGAAACGAGUGGAGUUCCUGCGACCCUCCUUCAUCGAUGGCACCAUCCGCCUCUCCCGCCUGGAGCUGGAGGAUGAGGGCAUGUACAUCUGUGAAUUUGCCACCUUCCCUACAGGCAACCGCGAGAGCCAGCUCAAUCUCACUGUGAUGGCGAAACCCACCAACUGGAUUGAGGGUACCCAGGCAGUGCUUCGAGCCAGGAAGGGACAGGAUGACAAGGUCCUGGUAGCCACCUGCACCUCAGCCAAUGGGAAGCCUCCCAGUGUGGUGUCCUGGGAAACACGGCUAAAGGGCGAGGCAGAAUACCAGGAAAUUCGGAACCCCAAUGGCACAGUGACAGUCAUCAGCCGUUACCGCUUGGUGCCCAGCCGGGAAGCCCACCGGCAGUCCCUGGCUUGCAUCGUCAACUACCACCUGGACCGCUUCAGGGAGAGCCUCACACUCAACGUGCAGUAUGAACCUGAGGUGACCAUUGAGGGUUUUGAUGGUAACUGGUACCUGCAGCGGACAGAUGUGAAGCUUACGUGCAAAGCGGAUGCGAACCCCCCAGCCACUGAAUACCACUGGACCACGUUGAACGGCUCUCUCCCCAAGGGUGUGGAGGCCCAGAACAGAACCCUCUUCUUCCGAGGACCCAUCAGCUACAGCCUGGCAGGGACCUACAUCUGUGAGGCCACCAACCCCAUUGGUACCCGCUCAGGCCAGGUGGAGGUCAAUAUCACAGAAUUCCCCUACACCCCGUCUCCUGAACAUGGGCGGCGUUCGGGGCAGGUGCCCACAGCCAUCAUUGGGGGCGUGGCAGGGAGUGUCCUGCUGGUGCUGAUUGUGGUAGGAGGGAUCGUAGUGGCACUGCGCCGGCGCCGGCACACCUUCAAGGGUGACUACAGCACCAAGAAGCAUGUAUACGGCAAUGGCUACAGCAAGGCAGGAAUCCCCCAGCAUCACCCGCCCAUGGCACAGAACCUACAGUACCCAGAUGACUCAGAUGAUGAAAAGAAGGCCGGACCGCUGGGUGGGAGCAGCUAUGAGGAGGAAGAAGAAGAGGAGGGCGGUGGAGGGGGCGAACGCAAGGUGGGCGGACCCCACCCCAAGUAUGACGAGGACGCCAAACGGCCCUACUUCACUGUGGAUGAAGCUGAGGCCCGUCAGGACGGCUAUGGGGACCGGACUCUGGGCUACCAGUAUGACCCUGAACAGCUGGACUUGGCUGAGAACAUGGUUUCUCAGAACGAUGGGUCUUUCAUUUCCAAGAAGGAGUGGUAUGUGUAGCCCUGCCUUCUGGAGCCUCUGUCGGUACCCACUUCUCCCUGGCCCCUACCCGCACGUCCCCUGCCCACCCCCACAGCCCACUGCCCCAGGAGCUCGACAGAGACUUGACCAGCUGCCCUAAACCAGCCCCAAACUCCUGGGGAGCCAGGGGAGCUCAGGGCAGACCCCACUUGGCUUUGUUUUUUUAUUUCCUCCCUCUGCCCCCCUUCCCCACGGUGUUGUGUUCUACUGUGACUUUGGUGUUGCUGUAUCUUUCCUUUAAGGACCCUAUCCACUGCCCUCUGUGUAGGGAGCCCUGUUCUUGUCUUGUGUACUUGGGCAUCCCUCCAGGGUUUGGGGAGCCAGUCCUCUCCCACCCCCAACACUGGAAUUUGUUUGUGUUCUCUUCACUGGGGAUGGAGGGCAAAGGGGCCUUCGAGAUGAAGAGCACCCUCACCCCGCCCCACAUGCUGCUCCUCUUCCCAGAGAGAAAUAACCCAGUGCCCCCCACUCUAAGCUGAUGCAGCCAGUGCACCUAAGAGGUUUUAGGGGAGCCCUCCAUGGUACCCAGAGGGGUCUUGUCUGUGAAAUAAUGGAGUUGAGGUUCCUACUGGGGCCCUGGGCAGUGUGCUUUUCUGGUGAGGGUGGCUUAUGUUCUUUCUUUCUUUCUUUCUUUUUCCUUAUGGCCUACACAAUGGAGGUUGACCUAACUCUCCUAUAUCCCUUUCCUUUAUCCCCAGUCCACUCUCUACACGCAGGUGUCCUGGGGUGGACUCUACCCACAGUUCCUGUAUGCCCCUGCCAACACGUGCACACACGCCACUGGGUCUAUGCCAAUCUCCCCCAGUGCUCUCACACCCUGCCCAGGCUAAACCCUGCCCCACGCCUCACCCUCUGCUUUGGCUCUUACUCCUUCCCAGCUCAGGGAGGGAUCAGUCCACAGAAGCAUCCAGAGACGGUGAGGAUGAACCCCCAGCCACUGCCACUCUAAGAUGUCAGUGUAGUGCCAGCCUUUCAAACAGUGUGCACAUUUCUCAGAUUUCUCUUAAUCUGCCAACACUUGACUCUUCUGGAAAGUCGGGGCUGGGAUCCCAGGAAGGAAGCGGAGGCAACGAAGUAUUUAUAUGUUGAGGGCAGCCUCGUGGAAGUUCUGCAAACAUAGUCUGGUAGACUGAAGGGGGCUGCUAGCGUCUCACACAGAAAAGCCAGUAUAGAUGUCACAGGUAUCAGAGAAGGGGGGGCACCCAGGAACCUGCUGCUUGUCCACAGUCUGACCCCUACCAUUUUCUCCUGGUGCCAUGAUGAGAUGAGGGGGACCACAGAAGGGCCCUCCUUUGCAUGCAAAGUCCCUCUUUGAAUGGGGCUCUGGCUUCUUCAGCCAUUUGGGGCUGGGCCAUCCCUUGAGUGCAUGGAGAAAGGCCCCUUCCCAGACCUCUGUCCCCAAGCUCAAAGUGCCUCAGUUUCUCCAUCUGUGCCCCCAGAUUCUCCACAUUCUAAAUUGACAUGCCUAUGUCCUGGGGUAGGCAAAGUGGGCUACAAGAGACCUAGGACCCGCCAGCUAGGAUCUCAGCUAAUUUAGCCCAAGGUGACACUCUGAGGGAUAGUAAGUGUUGGGGAGAGGGGAGGCAGACCAUUCUGUGCCCCACGGGCAUUGACCCACCCUGCCAUAGGCUUCCUAAGGGAGCCCCAGCCCUCACCCCACUCACCUCCCUGGUGCUGCUAUUAAAUUCCUGGUCCAAGCGCCAUCUCUGGUAACCCUCAGCCCACCAGCUGGGGCCAUUUCACCAGGCCCUCACUGCCCUAGUCCCAGCCCAGGCCGCCCAGUAGCCACGUAGCAGAAGUCUGAAGCCAUGCCAGCCCUGUGGUGGCUCUCCCCUCUUGGCAUUGGGGAUACUGGAUGGGGUGGAGUUUGGGGAAGAAAAUUCUGGGGCCUUUGUAGCCACAGGGCAGAGGAAGAUAGGGAAGCUGGGCUGCUUCUCCCAGCAGUAUUAAUGUCCCUCCCAUGUCACAUCACUUCCCUUCUCAUGCCCUGGCCCCUCUGCUUGGUCCCCUUACCCCAAAGGCGGGAGGCAGAACCUUAACUGCCCCAUAGAGGUGUUUCUGUUCUAUGGAACCAUAAGACUGAAAGGCUCGUCCUGAACCUCUUGUACCUUUCACUGUCACCCCCUUGUCCCUUGUUUUGUGAUGGAUUGAGGAGGCCCUGGGCCCGGGCAAAGCACCUAAGCUCCCCUCAAGACACCCGCACGCCUUUCCCCCAAGCAAAGCACAAUUAGUGGUGUGCACACAGCAGAAUCCAGGAUCCCAGCGCUGGCGCUGCUACCAGGCAGCUGCUACCUGGGCUAAGAGAGGAAGUGAUGAGGCAGGGAUCAGUAGCUGGGUCUGGAGAGGAGGGGCUUUCUUUGCCCUGUGUGUGGGACAGUGGCAGCAUCCAGCAGACAGUGCAAGGCCCAGUGCAGCACAGCGGAGGUCACCCUCAUGUCCCCAAGCCAAGCUGAGCAUCUGCCUUACUGCACAGAGAAUAAACUUGGUGUGUUAACAGUGCCAAGGCCUCUCCAGUUGUCAUCCUCACUAUCCCAUUACACACACACACACACACACACACACACACACACACACACACACUGCCCCUCUGCUGCCCUGGACUCCUGUUUCCCUACAGGUUUUGAUAUUGUUCUGAUGUCCAACACCCCUCUGAGUCUCUUACCAGAAGGACUGAAAAGAGCAGCAGCACACAAUCAGUGAACACAUGCCCAGCAUACCGACACACGCCUUCCACAGACCAAGCACAGACAGGCGUGUGUGUGCACAAGUACACACACGAGGAACGGGAAGCCCUUACUAACGCUCAGGUCCAAGACAGAUGGACAGGGGCCCAAGCCCUGGGAAGGCGCCACCUCUGCCAGCCACCCCCGUGUGCCCCAGUCACUGGUGCAAUAACUUCUGCCGCCCUCGAGGUGGGAGAAUCAGGACUCAAGUCAGGUGGGUGGGGCCACUCCUCUGAGCCCACAAGAUACCAUAUUCCCUUUCCUGGAAGGAGAGGGGGUGCUCCCAGGCCUCUGGGGGGCCACGUGGAGACUUCCCCAAGCCUGACUGCCAACUGAAACACCUUUUCCUGGUGAGGACAGGUGGCUCAAGCUGACCUGGGCCAGAGCUACCCAGAGCUGAGGGACCCAGUCUCACGGAUGCUGCUUCCUGACCCUGGCUGUGAGGAAUGGGCUUGGGGGGGGGGUGAGUUUUGUUUUGUUUUUUAACAAAUGGAAACAAAAUCCAGAAGAAGCUGCCAAGCUUGGUUUGCUUUAGUUUCUUCAUUGCUGGUUUCCUCUUUGGACCUGGGGACAGCCCAGCAGAUUCUCCUGGUUCUGACCUGAGGGGGGCGGUCCCACCCCCUUUUACUUGUAUUAAAAAAAAAAAAGAUGGGUUGAAAAUGUACUGAGAAAAAAAAUGUACUUUUUUAUAAAUAAAGUGUUUAAAACAA